GCAAGAAGAUAUUGUUCUUGCCACUCGAACAUAAAAUUCAUGUCUUCUCGCCACCGUGUAAUAUCCUCUAUAUAUGUUAUGAUAGAUACUCCCUAUAAGAUAAAUGUUGUGUACGAAAUGUGUAAACUUUUUUGGUUGUUCCUUUCUUUGUUCAGAUUUGUUCAUUUUGUAUUUCAGUGUUGUAUUAUCACAGUUUUUGUGCUACCUUUCUCCCUUUGCUGAUGGUUCUGUUGACAAUAUAAUAAAGUUCCCUAGACGAACAGCACACACUGAGAUGCACUCUGUUGAAUUUUGGGUUGUGUCCACACGUCAACCCCCCUGAUCUCUGGAACUGUUGGAAAAAUCAUCCAUUGACCAAUUUUCUUCACUGUUUGCCUUUUAAGCCCAGCAGUCUACACUCCCUUGUUUCUGAGUUCCCUUCCCCUCUGAUCUCUGCCCUCUAAUAUACAUGCACAGAAACGUAGUAUUGCGUCAUUAGUUUUACACCGGUCUGGACGUCAUUCCUGUGUUUACAAAGCCUGCGAACAGGCUCCCGGUUAGGACGGAAAAAAACACAUUCGGCGAGCGCGAAAUAUGUAUGUAUGUAAACAGAAGAAUUCGGAAAACAGAAGAAUUCGGAGAGCGAAGCAAUCGAGGGUCACCGGAGGCUGUUCGCUGGCUAGUGUUUACAAAGAAGUGAUGGGCAAAAUCUGCCAUUCAUUGCCAUAUGAAAAAAUGACCAGUCAAGAACACCGCUUCUGUAACAUUCUAGGCUACACUGUAGCGGAAACAAAUAAUUUUCAUUCAUUUCUUUCACUGAUCUUGUUGACCCACAUUCUGCGCGAAAGACAUCCUCCCCGCUAAUGGCGUCUCGCGCGAGUUUCACGCUUGGCGGGAAGACAUCGAGAUGCUCGUCAAGAGCUUGGGAACUAGCAUUCGUUUCAAAUGGGGGACAGUUUGCACUUGAGGGUUUGAUUUUCCACCAGCUUCAAUUGCACUAUCUUCAUAUUCACCGUCUCUGAGUAGAAUUUUCCUGCUCUCUUAAAAGAUUUAUCAAAAUGUCCACAUUUCGACAGGGUAUAAUAAGAAGUCUCGUUAAACAUGGCAUAGCACUGGUGGGAUGUACCGCAGUUCUAGGUACAGUACAUUUCUCAGCCAAAGGAGAUGAGAGAUUUUACAGAUCCAUUCUCAUGCCUGUUGUUAUGAGAGUGCUGGAACCUGAACGUUCUCACACAUUUGCUGUGUGGCUGGCUUCUAAAGGUCUAGUUCCUAUGGACCAAACUGGUGAUCCUGAAAUACUGGAAACCACAGUGUUUGGUCUCCCAUUUCCAAAUCCCAUUGGCUUGGCAGCAGGUUUUGACAAGCAUGGUGAAGCUGUAGAUGGAAUGUUAAAAGCUGGAUUUGGUUUUGUAGAAAUUGGAAGUGUAACACCAUUGCCGCAGCAGGGUAAUGCUAAACCAAGAGUGUUCAGACUGAAGGAGGACAAAGCUGUUAUUAAUAGAUAUGGUUUCAACAGCCAUGGACACGAGGCUGUCCAGUCACGUCUAAAACAGCAGAUACAAGAAAGAGGUCACCCUCCUGGAAUCCUGGGAAUAAAUCUGGGUAAAAAUAAAACUUCUGAUAAUGCUGUGGAGGAUUAUGUUAAAGGAGUGAAGUGCUUCAGUGGUCUGGGUGAUUACUUGGUUAUCAACGUUUCAUCACCAAACACGCCAGGCCUUAGAUCACUACAAGGCAGACAAGAAUUAGAAAAACUUAUAGAUAAGGUAUUAGAGGUUCGUAAUUCUUUGCCUAAAAAAGCACAGAAUCCUUUAUUAGUGAAGAUUGCUCCAGAUCUCACUGAUGAUGACAAAGAAGACAUUGCAGCUGUGGUAACACGGGAAAAGGGUGGUGUAGAUGGUAUCAUAGUAACAAACACAACUGUUGCCAGACCAGAGACCUUGAAAAGUGAACACAAGAAAGAAACCGGUGGUCUGAGUGGAAAACCAUUGACUGAAAUGUCCACUCGUACAGUGAGUGACAUGUAUAAACUUACAGGAGGAAAGCUACCUAUUAUCGGCGUGGGGGGAAUAUCUACAGGUCAAGAUGCUUACGACAAAAUUAAGGCUGGGGCCUCUUUAGUGCAGCUUUACACAGCCCUGGCUUAUGAAGGGCCACCCAUUGUGAAGAAAAUUAAACGGGAACUUGCUGACCUUGUCAGAAAUGAUGGUUUCAAAUCAGUUGAAGAGGCUGUUGGAAUUAAUCAUGUUAAACAAAGAUGACCACUUGGCAGAUUAUUUAUUGAUGAGCAGCCAACAAACUCCUCAGGAAGUGGUCUCACCAUCCAGUUGGCACAAAGCAGUCCUAUCUUUUCUUUUUGAUACUGUCAAAGAAAAGAGACUAAAGUGAACUGUGUUUUAGCAGAUGUAACAAACAAUUCAAUACCUCAUCAGAUAUGGAAUCAUUGGGCAGUAAAAGUUUGGCUUUUGCACGUAAUAAUUAAUACUAAUACUUACUAAUUAUUAGUAGACAAUAUUUAAAUAUGUUAAAUGUAGUUAAUGAUAUUGAUGAAAACAAAAAGAGCAAAACCCACCAAAUAACUAGUUGUUG